UCUGUGUCUAAUUCAAUUUUAAAUAGCUUUGACGCUCAGUGUUGAAACUGCUGUCGGCAUGUUCAGUCUUGGACGCAGCGUCUGGCUGCUCGCCGGACUUUUAUCUAUAGGCCUGAUAGCCGGUGUCGAGUGUACGAAUUAUCGGCUCGAGCGCACAGUGCUGCCUGUAUUUUAUAAUCUAACCAUCGGUCUGAGAGUCGAUGCUAAUCAACCCAGCGACAGCUUCGAUGGCGCUGUCGACAUAAUAUUGAAAGCGACGCAGCCCAAUGUGAAUGCGAUUGUAUUGCACAAGGAAGAUAUCGAUAUAGCCGAGGUCGCGCUGUACAAUGACAUUGGCUCGCUGCUCUAUCGUAUUGCGAACAGUUCACUGACCUAUAGCCUGGCAACACAGAAGCUGACUGUUCAGCUGCUGCAGCCUUUGAGCCCCAAUGCGAACUUUACGCUGCACUUCAAGUACAGGGGCAAGGUGAACAGUGAUAUGAAGGGUCUGUUCAGUGCCAGCUACGUGGAGCAGGAGACGGGCCUGACUAAAUGGAUGGUGCUAACGCAAUUACAACGGAUCUAUGCGCGUCUGCUCUUUCCCUGCUUCGAUGAGCCGGCCUUCAAGGCCAGGUUCCAGUUGCACAUUGAGCGGCCGAGUGGAUUGCAUGCCAUCAGCAAUACGCAGCUUAUCGCAACAACUGAACUGCGCAAUAAUCGGUCAAUGGAUCAUUUUCAAGUAACACCUUUCAUGUCCACUUAUCUGCUUGCUUUUAUGGUCGCCGAGUCCCAAGCACGCGGUAAUCUCAGCGACUUGGCUGUGGUAAGUCGGCCACAGGACUACAGCAACUCUGAGUUCAGCUAUAAUGUGGCCCAGCGUGCGAGAGAUGCCUACGACAAGCUAUUCCAACAUCCCUAUAAGGAACUGGGCAACGAAGCUCUUCUGCAUGCCGCUUCCCCGCGCUUUCCGCACAACGGCAUGGAGAACUGGGGUCUCAUCAUCUACAGUAAAAAUAUUCUGGUGCACCGACCAAACUACACAGAUGGCUGGAACGAUAAGGAGACUAGCAUACGCAUCAUCGUGCACGAGACGUCGCACAUGUGGUUCGGUGACAGUGUGACCUUUGCCUGGUGGAAUAACUUCUGGCUAAACGAGGCAUUCGCGCGAUAUUACGAGUACUUUAUGUCGCAUCAACUCUAUCCAGCUUAUCAACUAGACGAGCAGUUCGUGGUGCGCCAGCUGCAGAUGAUCUUUACACUUGAUGCCAACAACGGAACGCAGCCGCUGUCAAGCCGCGAGGCGGACAUACGAAGCCCAUCCGAAAUCGCCUCCAAGUUCAGCAGCAUUACAUAUGCCAAGGGCUCUAGCAUAGUGCGCAUGUGGCGGAAUGCGAUGGGCGCGGAGAACUUUGAUCUAGCCAUUCGCAACUACCUCAGGCAGCAUCACCUGGGCAACACCGUGCCAAAGGAUUUGUUUACACAUCUCAAAGCGCAUUGGCCCAAGCCUCUGAAUGCUGACUUGGAUCAGUUCUUUUACGACUUCACCGAGCAGGUGGGCUACCCCAUAGUCGAAGUGAACCGCGUUGACUCCUCUUCGUUCACUCUAAGGCAACGCCGAUACAUGCUGGAUCCCAACGAUGGCAGCGAUAGAUAUUUAACCUACACGGUGCCCAUAACCUACACCACAAAUGUAUGGCGUGACUUUGAAAACUUGGCACCGGUUGCGUAUUUCAAUAAAUGGGACGACACUAUGCUGCUUCCGUUUUCUGUCCCAAUCGAAUGGAUUGUGCUCAAUCUGCAGCAGUCCAACUAUUAUCGCGUGCAGUAUGCGCCAUCGCUGCUGAGGCGGAUUCAUGAGGCUCUGAUCGAAAGCAACCACAGCGAUAUACACGUUGCGAAUCGCGCAGCGAUCAUUGAUGAUCUCUUCAAUUUAGCUUUGAUCGGUUUGAAUAAUUAUGCUGAGGUCUUCGAGUUCAUGGAGUACAUGAGCACAGAAACCGAAUAUAUUCCCUGGUAUGCAGCCUACGUGGGCAUGGAUAAAGUGGCAAUGCGUUUGACCCCAGACCAAUUGCCAAACUUCAAGAAGUAUCUCAUCGACAUCACAGAUGGCGUCUAUGCCAAGCUGGGCGUGAGAUGGGCCUCUAACGACACCGUGUUGGAUGUCUACAAUCGCAACAAGAUGGUCUCCUGGCUCUGCAAAUAUCACCACUUCAAAUGUGAAGACGAAGUGAAAGAGAGCUUUGAUAAAAGCACGGAGAUCCCAUCACCAGACUAUCGAGAGACCUAUUACUGUGCUGCUUCCAGAGGAGGUAGAUACCUUCGCAUUAUGGAGUACUAUAGGAAUGAGACGGACCCAACCGAGCGAGAGCUCCUCUGGCGCGCUGCCAGCUGCACGAGGGACUUUUAUAGGCACUACCACGAUGAAAUCUUAAACGAAUCCAGCAGUGUGUCCCUAAAAACUGUUGGCCUGGCCCAGCUCUAUCGACAGAAUCCCGAUCUGGUAACAAGCAUUUUUAUUGCCGUUACCACGGACAUCCAGCAGUUAGCAGAUGCCUUGCAGAGCUGGCCUAAGACUGCGACGGCCUUGAGCGAUAUGGCGGAAUACUUUACCACAAGGUACCAGCAACAGCUUUUUGCCGAGUUCAUUAACGAGAGCUCUAUGCUGUUCGGGAGCUCUGAUGAGAUUCUUCGCCAAGCCCUGCUCAAAGUCGAAAAAAACAUUAAAUGGGCUGAACUGAACUUGGAUCAACUUGUCCGCUAUUUGGCCACAAGGAACGGAGCUGCUGAUCUAAAGCUGAUGUCAGCGCUGCUAUUGGUAGUGACGUCACUUUUAAAUUUUUGGCUUACUUAAGAACGUCAUAUUGAAUAAUGUAAAUUG